AUGCCCAUGCCACGUGGAACAUCUUUGGAGUCAGUAGUGGGGGAACUCCUUGAGAAGUGGGAGGAUGAUCGGGUUGGAUAUUUGAGUCUACCGUCACCUAUCCUCUUCGAGACUCUCUUGGAUCGCUCCCGCCAGCCAAAGGGGAUAUUCCCCCUCAUCACUGAACAGCCAGCGGCCAUUCACUCCUUUGCCUACUACCCUUCCUCUCUCGGCACAAUACAAAUCCGCGACACCAGGGGUGUCAUUCUUGGAUAUCGGUUCAAGAUUCCAACCUGUCUUCUUGACACCUUGAAUAGUACCUCUAAGACCCUGGAUUCCUAUGGCCCCUGGAUUGCUGGAGGUGGACGGGAUGCAUUGGUGCGGGGUCUCUAUAGGAGCCGGCAUUACGCUAUUUGGGCGGAUUAUAAUAAAAAGUACUGUGAGAGUCGGGAGCUUUUGCGGGAUGGGGAAAAGGGCAGGGGAUGGCUGAGGGCAAACCGAGGACUGUUCGAUUACUGUAGUAAUCAAUUGCGGUUCCUCUGCCCAGAACAGUAUUUGAGAAUGACAGGACAUGUGGUUAAGGAUAUGGCGAAGGUUAUGAGCACUGAUGGGAGGAAACUGAGGCCGCUUGGUGGAGUAUGGCAUGGUGUGUGUUUGAAUCAGGGGUUAGCCUCUGAUGAGAGCCGUUCCCACCAGGAUUGGAUGGAUGAUAAGCGGCUAUUUAACUGUGUUGCACCAUUUGGGGAUGGAUUCCAAGGUGGAGACCUGGUUUUGUGGCAGAUGAAAAUGCGGAUUGGCCUGGAAAUUGGGGACGGAUUUUUCUUCUACGGCUCUGUAGUUGCUCAUGAGGUAA